AAAUUUAAAAAAAAUGGGGCUGUUGUUCUUUUGUGACCUUUGACCCCUGACCAUGUAGGCCUACAUGUUCCAGUGAAAAACCCUCUAACAUUGUAUUACAUUAUUAUUAUUAUUGACAGAUAAAUGAUCAUGCAAUAGGGCAAUGCAUGGCAAUGUAGAAUAAAUUAACUAUAUCUUUGACGACUCAUUACAUUCCUAAUUAUUUAGUUAAAUUAGCUGCCAUUAUGAUGUAGGUCAGCAGGAUAUGCCCCAUGCAACUACAUUACCCACAGUGCAACAGCCCACCCUCACCACCAGCACAGUCUCGUUCCAACCCUGAACAGACUGUCCUCCUCCUCCUCCUCCUCUCUGCACGCUGGAGCUGCUGCACCCAGAUCUGCAACACACGUGAUGUGCGUAAAUGCGCACACAGACCUGCGCGCUCCAAACCAUCACCAUCGCUAUGUUUUGUAGAUCGGUGACAGAAGAAGCACUUGUUCCCACGUAUGUGGACUGCGCCCCGGUGUACUUGGAUGCAAAAACUCAGCCCACAGACUUGACAGCUCGGUGCUGGAAAUGUCACGUCUCUUUGGAGGAAAAAGCGUUUUUUAGUUGGUCGCCAAAAUUUGUGUUACUGACCUGGAUGGUGCCUCUUUUUACUCGGAUGCAACCACACGCCCAUGCGACGAUAUCAGUGGAUGUUGCUGCCUUCAGUGUCCAGGUUAGGUUACAGUAAAUGUUUACAAAUACAGCUGUUUCUGGCAGGCAAGCUGGGACUGGAUACAACAUUAUACGCGCAUCAUAAAUAACUGUUUCUAUUAUUAUUAUAAGGAUGGGAUCUAUUUAUAAGGGAAUCAUGGAGCUUUCAUCGCCUUAUAUCAUCUCGUCCUAUACUCUAGGCUGAUGCUGCAAAUGCCUCCACGCAAACCUUUAUAUUUUCCACCUGAUGGUUUCUGUCUUUCCUAAACAAGUCGUGGACUAUCGAUUGAUGAUCUGCCAUGCGUGCUCUGGAGGCAGCAGGUUAUAAUAAAUGCUGGCAUCCCUUUACUGUCUGCAGCGAGGAACAGUUUCUUUUCUCACCGAGGACUCGUCACCAAAUGGACGGGGCCUUUUUGAUAAAAGCUAUUCAUGGACGCUGAAACCGGCUCAUGCAUGUACCAUUUAGCCUCCACUGGCUUGUUGGGAUGUAGGGCGAAUAUCCGCGGAUAUUUCCAAACAUAGAGGAGAAAACAGCCCGUCGUUCAUGGAGAUGGGUGGCGGGGGAGGUGCAUCGACACUGGGCUGGAUGAGAAAUAAUGAGGACCCCUGCUUAGAGGAUUUCACUCAGCUCAAACACAGACUGUUGUUUUUAUUGGCAGCCUAAAUAGCCCAUAUUCCACAUUAUUCAGUUUUAUUAUAACCUGAGUGUCUGUGUUGAGCCCUCAGAGCCAAGACACUUUAGUUCUCAAUGGGCUGGUAUGUGUUUAUUAGGGAAAAAGAUUCAAAACUAUAAAUUAUGAGCCCAGAUUUUGUUUUUGUUAAGUUUAGAUGAACCCUGCUUAAUUGUAAAGCAAUGUAGAACAUUGUUAUUAAGUAUGUAACUGCUUCAUGAAUUCACUCACUGAUCAGGAGCUCAUGAGACUGAAGGCAUCUUUCUGUGGGAUUUCACCAGCUGUUUCUUAGAUAAACAUACAUUCACGUUCUCCUGUCUGUGGCAGCUUUCCAAAAGACCCAAUAGUGGAAACAAUCAAUUAGGUUUCAUUGGGGUUACACUCAUGGAUCUGCUCUUGCUGAGUGUCAUUGUUUGACCUGAUGUACGUUGUCCCUGAGUGAACUUGCCUUUGGGAAUACAUGCUACUUACACACUGCGUAGCAACAGCACAGCAGCAACCGGUGACAGGAUUUGGCACAGUUUCAACAGCGAGAUGUGGUGAUGGGGGGGAGCAGUUGCAGCUCUCUGAUCCUCUGAUCCCCUAUCCCCCCCACUGGUGGUCGAGGACGCCUCGUCUCUGUCAAUGGGCCAUGUAUGGAUUUUGUGCCUGAGUUGACAGAGGGCAGGCCUACAGCGUCCAACAGCAGCCGGGCUGCCAUGAACCCAUACGGCAGAGCGAGCAGCGCGGCGGCCCCCCUGUCCUGCACCAGCUGUGGGGGCUGCUGCUCCCCGCCUCCCCCUUGCCUAAUCCCGCCAGGACCUCCAUCGUCUACUACCUCCUCCUCCUCCUCCUCCAUGCCCCCGAAUAUGACCCCUCCGCCACCGAUGUGUCCGGCCCCGGUGGUGCAGGUGGAGAACGGCAGCAGCUGGAACUCCUCCUCCGGCUCCCCAGACUCCCACCCUGGUCACCGCUGUGGCGCCAACAACCCCAACCCAUACUGGACGGCAGUGUUUGACUAUGAGGCCACAGCAGACGAGGAGUUAACCCUGCGGCGCGGGGACCUCCUCGAGGUUCUCUCCAAAGACUCCAAAGUGUCUGGGGAUGAGGGUUGGUGGACAGGCAAGAUCCAGGACAAGGUGGGUAUCUUUCCAUGCAACUACGUCACAAGGGGGGACGCCGCCAACUACCAGCAGCUGACCGCUGGAGGGCUGGUGGCUGGCGGGGUGGGUGCCUGCCCCUUGGAGAUAGACUUCAAAGAACUGUUCCUGGAGGAGGUGAUUGGAGCUGGUGGGUUUGGGAAGGUGUACAAAGGAUUAUGGCUGAGAGAGGAAGUAGCAGUAAAAGCCGCCAGGCAAGAUCCAGAUGAGGAUAUUAGUGCCACAGCAGAGAGUGUGCGGCAGGAGGCCAGGCUGUUCUGGAUGCUCCGGCAUCCCAACAUAAUUGCUCUCCGUGGGGUCUGCCUGAGGGAGCCCAACCUGUGCUUGGUGAUGGAGUUCGCCAGAGGGGGGGCUCUGAACAGAGCGCUCGCUGGAAAGAAGGUUCCCCCGAGGGUUCUGGUGAACUGGGCAGUCCAGAUUGCCACAGGGAUGGACUACCUGCACAACCAGGCGUUCGUACCGAUCAUCCACAGAGACCUCAAGUCCAGCAAUAUCCUCAUCCUGGAGCCGGCGGAGCGGGAAGACGGGGGCGGGAGAACCCUGAAGAUCACAGACUUCGGUCUGGCCAGAGAGUGGCACCAGACCACAAAGAUGAGUGCCGCGGGGACGUAUGCCUGGAUGGCCCCGGAGGUCAUCAAGCUCUCCCUCUUCUCUAAGAGCAGCGACGUGUGGAGUUUUGGUGUGUUGCUGUGGGAGCUGCUGACCGGCGAGGUUCCCUACCGGGAGAUAGACGCCCUGGCGGUCGCUUACGGCGUCGCCAUGAACAAGCUAACGCUUCCCGUCCCCUCAACGUGCCCUGAACCUUUCGCUCAGCUGCUGGGAGAGUGCUGGAGCCCGAACCCCCGCAGCAGGCCCUCCUUCACCAGCAUCCUGAGGCGACUGCUGGCCAUCGAGCAGUCGGCCAUGUUUCAGAUGCCUCUGGAGUCCUUUCACUCCUUACAAGAAGACUGGAGGCUGGAGAUCCAACAGAUGUUUGAUGAGCUCAGGGCCAAAGAGAAGGAGCUGAGGUCCUGGGAGGAGGCGCUGGCCAGAGCAGCCGAGGAGCAGCGGGAGCAGGAGGAGCAGCUGAGGAGGAGAGAGCAGGAGCUGGCGGAGAGGGAGAUCGACAUCGUGGAGCGAGAGCUGAACAUCAUCAUCCAUCAGAUGUACCAGGAAAAACCCAGCGUGAAGAAAAGAAAAGGACACUUCAAGAAGAGCAGAUUACUGAAGCUGGGCCGAGACAGCAACUGCAUCAGUCUGCCCUCUGGCUUUGAGCAUAAGAUCACAGUCCAGGCGUCUCCUAGUGUGGACAAGAGGAAGGGGAACGAGAGCACCACGCCGCCCGCCAGCCCGGGUGUCAUACCUCGACUCAGAGCCAUCAGAUUGACGCCGAGCGAUGGCAGUAAGACGUGGGGUCGCAGUGCUGUGUGUAAGAAGGAGGACCUGUCCACCAGCAAGAAGAAAGGACGCACCUGGGGACCGAGCUCCACCCUCCAGAAAGAGAGGGUCGGCGGGGAGGAAAAACUGAAGUCACUGGGGGAGGGAUGCAAAGUUUGGUCAUCCAGUGCACCAAAUCUGGGCAAGUCCCCCAAACAUGCACCCAUGACCGCCGGCUUCUCCAGCCUCAAUGAAAUGGAGGAGUGCUGUGAGUUCGAGGAGUCACCAGGAUCCCUGCUGCCCUCAGAGACCAACAGUAACGGGGCUGUGGAGGACUCAGGGUCCCUGUGGAGCAGCCUGGGGCCAAACACGUUGCUUGCUGUUGGUAAUACGAGCACCUGUCAGGGGCCCGGCGGGCAGGGGAUCGGGGUGAGCAACCAGGACUCACUCCGUCGCUGCAGCCAGAGGAAGAAGAGUGAUAUGUUGCUGUUGGGUUGUGCCUCUCUGCUCGCGUCUGUUGCCCUUGGACAAGACCUGCUGCAGCUUGGAAAACUACAGGUGCUCCAGGACGAACAGGAACUCAGAGAGGAGCAGCGCAAGAAGAAGGAGGGUCUUUUUCAGAGGACGGGACGUUUCCGUCGCAGCACCUCCCCACCCAGCCGAAACCUCUCCCUCUCCCUCUCCCUCUCCAGACAUCACGACUCUACGCUCCCUUGCAUGGACCCAUCUCCCUCCGUCACACUCCUCUCUCUGUCCUCUCUGUCUGACUGCAACUCCACCAAGUCCCUCCUUCCCUCCGACCCAGACGAGUACGCCCUGACCCCGGGGGUCAAAACCCCAGCAGCGACGCCAGCCCCUGCCCUCAACCCGCUCUUGGACCUGCGGGCGGAGAGCUUCAAGAAGGAGCCCAACCAGUCGCUCACGCCCACCCACGUGUCUGCAGCGAUGGCCCUGAACAGAGGACACAGACGGACCCCUUCGGACGGGGCGAUACGACCCCGAGCGCACACUAUGGGACACCGCAGGACGCCGUCAGAUGGAAGCAUGCCCAUGCCUCCUCCACCGGGGGCGCCACACAUCACUGCUAGCAAAGGUAUGCAAGACAAACUGGACAUCCCCCGCCUCCCGGACCCCUCCAUCAUCUUCCCGGUCCCUCAACGGCGCAAAGCCCCCGCUCCACCGAUCCCCGACCCGGUCCCUGUCUCCCUCAUAAGCCCCCCGGAGAGACCCAAGACGCUGGAGUUCGCCCCCCGGCCGCGGCCCACCCCGGCCAAGAUGAGAGCCGACCCCUGGAAGCUGGGCUCUCUGUCCCGGACCCUCAGUUCAUCGCCGGGCAGCAGCUGCGACAGCCCCCUCGGCUCGGGGGACAGCAGCGCCAGCGCCGGCACCACGCGACCAAACCUGAUGGACAUGGACGUGGAGGGCCAGAGCUCGGACCAGACCAUCCCUCUAUGUGGACAGCGGAAGCGUGCCACUCUGUGUGGACAGCAGAACUCAUAGUCUACUUUUCUGCAUUCGAACCAGGACGUUAGAGCGUGGGCUGAACGCCUACUGAUGAUGUCUGAGCCGAGCAAAGUUCACUCACUGAAGUUUGCAAAAACAUCCCUCUACUUGUCACGUUUUAGGCACUUACUGGAAGCCAUUCCUCCUUAUGUGUCCUCUUAGUGUCCUGAUAAGGUGUGAAACCCUCACAGUGAGCCGUUCCCUGGUAGUGCUCUCUAACCUGCACGACACUGAGGGCCCCAGAGGCCUUUUAACAGCCUUGUAGUGUGCUCACCCACCUACCUUACCCAACACUUCUUUCCCUCCUAGGAAGCCAUCUCUACCUGUUUCUUAGCGCCCAAGGACCACCAAGACACACUCACAACCUUCAAAAGCCAUUCAAGUACUUUAAAAGCCACCUUUUUUGACUUUGCUGACUGUUCAUUCCGACUCAUCUGCCUGUGCUUUUGUCUGUGUAGCUGCUCACUUUCUGCUUGCAUCUCUCACUCCAAAGAAAAAAUGUUCAUUCACAUUUCACCUAAAUGUUCAGGAGUGUUUCAUUGACAAAAACAGGAGCUGGACUGUUUCAAAUUCUUACUGGAAGAGUGUCUUUGUUCUUAUUUUGCACGCCGUUUGUUCCACCGGUGCACAAACAUCUCCCAUAAACUCAGCCUUCAUCCUCACACGUGUCAUCUCUCUGCAUGGGGGUCGUCGUCCUCUCCCCUCUCCAAGAACCGAGACAGGAAAAAGCCUUUUUCUCACAGCACUGGUGGACUCCUCAGCCUUGUACAGUAAAAAAAAAAAAAAAAAGAAACAGAGUUUAUUUUCUCAGUGCUUGCACCAUCCCAACCACAACCUGUUAGCAAAAAUGUUUUUCUAUCGGUUUAACAGACUCUUCUUUCUGUGUGAAUGUGUAUAUAUUACUGUACAUGUGUGGAAGAACAAAAUGGGUUCAUUCUUUUGCGUGCCGGUGCUUUUUCAGUGCAUGUUGUUUUAUGUGUGAAUGGUUCGCUGUACGACACACAAAAUAUAAGAUCUCAUCUGUUUGUCUUUUACACGUUUUACAUUCCUCACUAGCAGUCAGUAGCUCUCUGUACGGAUCCCGCUCACGCCACUAACAUGGACACAAAAUAAGGAAACGCUGAGGGGAAAACGCUACCUGAUUUCAACGUCAACCUCAUGUUGGACCGUUUGUUAGCUUCACAUUCUCCUCUGACCGGUUGUCUUCAACAUCGGUGGCACUUUAGGAGCCAUUGUUGUGCAACCGGUCAGCCUCUCUGUGGACCAGUGGACUCUACUCACGGCUGACAAAUCAACUUUUAUCUGCGGAGUUGUUUUCGCACAGUGGUCGAAACGUUUCGUCUUGGCCGCAGGUGGUAUUUUACUUGACAGUGCAAAUUUCUCUAAGUGAGUGUGUGUGAGUGUGUGAAUAUGCGUGUGUGUGUGUGUUAUUAUUUGUAUGGGAUGAUGACAAUCCCGUCGGUAGAAGAAUGAGCCCAAACUCAUUCUCCUCGUGUGGUUAAGAACACUGAGUAUUUAUUAAAUUUAUUGUUAUUAUUGGAAAGGAUUAAUUGUUAUUACUCUUCCUGGGAUAUCUGUAUAUAUUUGUUAAUAUAACAGGAAAAAAAACCUCGGAAACUGCUUACUGAAACGUCCAUGUUGUCUCCAGUCUCAACCUGUGACAUUUCUGGGUUCAAUGAGGAAUAAGUGUGAAACGUGAUGAAUGAGAGACAAAUAAAAAAAAACAAAGAAAGAUG